CACCACCGUAUAUAAAUACGCCCUCGCCGUCUCCUCGCCGACCUCUCUCCGUCGUCCAGGAGACGGCCGGCGACGGCGACGGCGACGCCAUGGAGGAAUUCCAAGAGGCUGACAUCCUGUGGCCCGAGCCCGCGGAGGACAACUCCGACGACGGCGCGGUGGUUGUCACCACGACGCCGUCUCCGGUGGCUCGUCGUCCUGUGGGCUCGCCGGAGUCGUCGUCGUUGUCUGCUCCGGUGGAGAUCGCCGCCUCUCGCCGGAAGCGGCGGUCUCGGUCGUGGGCUUCCGAGUACAACAUGUUCGACCAGACCAACGACGACGACGACGCUGUGAAGAAGAAGAUGAUGAAUAAUGGAGUUAUGGUCGCGCCGCCGCACGCCAUUGUUGAUCGGAGGAGGCUCCGAGGAAGGACGGCGGCGUACUCCAUGUGCGCCGGCAAGGGGAGGACGCUCAAAGGGCGGGACCUCCGCAACGUCAGGAACCUCGUCCUCCAGAUGACCGGAUUCAUCGAGAAAUGAACACAGAAUUAAGAUUAUUGAUUGAUUGGUUGAUUGAUUGAUUGCGAAUAGGAUAUACUGAAACCUGAAGAUUUUCAGCUUGCCUGAAGGCUGAAGAUAUUUGCGGAAUGCAAUAACUCUUUGUUUAAUUAAUUAAUCAUCUGUAGGAUUGCAAGUUGCUGGCUCGUGGAAUAAAUGUACAUGUAUUACAUAAGAAAUUAACAAAAGAAAGGGGAAAAAAAUGAAUGCCAGAUGCUACAGAGUUGCUGAAUUAUUGUAACUCUGUAAAACAAAUUUCCAUCUAGCAAAUUCAGAAAACUUUGAUUG